UCCCGGAAGCCAAGAAGUCUGUGUGCACUGUGAGGGAAAGGCCCGAAAGCGGCUGCCUGAGUAGUGGGUAGAACGGGUAGGCUGGGGUGAUAUCCCGUACAGCCUUCCGGAAAUAUAUCCGGUUAGGGAUAUCAUAGCACACUCCGGGCUGUAAGACCGGGACAUCAUACGAAACAAGCAGCCUUCUAAAGGGACAGGUCACAACAUAGGCCUGCGGAGUGUCACUUUUGUUUAUUGUCAGCAGUAUGGAGCGGAGAAUGUCUGGGCUCUUGCGAGGAUACAGCCCGCGGGAGGAGAAAAGUUACAGCAGUUUCCAGCUACCUGGUCACGAAUUCCAGGAUUUCCCGUUUUUGCCUGGACAUCCCCAGCUGAGUGAAAGAGUACGAAAGAGACUUUACUAUGGCUGGGAGGUUGACUGUCCCAUGGAGAAUUUGUCAAGCCCAGUAGCUGAUAUUGCAGUGGAGCUGCUGCAAAAGGCUGCCCCCAGCCCCAUUCGACGUUUGCAGAAGAAAUAUGCAGCUCAUGUAUCAAGGGAGGCUUGUAUCUCACCAUGUUCCAUGAUGCUUGCUUUGGUUUACAUUGAGAGACUUCGCAAUCGGAACCCUGAUUAUUUGAAGCAAAUAUCUUCCUCUGAUCUUUUUCUUAUUUCCAUGAUGGUAGCCAGCAAGUAUCUAUAUGAUGAAGGUGAAGAGGAAGAGGUAUUCAACGAUGAAUGGGGUGCAGCUGGCAGACUGGAUGUCCAAACUGUUAAUACCUUGGAGAUGAACUUCCUCCGAGCUAUUGAUUGGAGUUUGUACACACAGCCUAGGGAGUUCUUUGAAGUUCUGCGAUGGCUUGAGGGUCGAGUUGCGGAGCAGCAAGGCCUGAGAAGGGGCUGGUUCACUUACACAGAUCUAUGUGUACUGCUGGAGCAAGGAUUGUGGCAGAAGGUUUUCAGUGAUUUCUGUCAGCAAGUAACAAAGCUGUGUUGUGUCUUGGGCCUGGUAUACCUGGCAGGAGUCGCCACAUUAUUUGCUUCUGUUGCUGUAUUGCACAAGGCUACCUGGGAACUAAAUGGUUCGGCCUUGCUUCCCUCAAUUUCAGACCAGAUUCCAGAUGGCAGUUCUUGUGUUCCACUUCUUAUUCCGGUUCACCCCUCAUCCGAGGAAAACUUAAGCCCUCCACCAACAGGCUCAUUGAGCUCUUUAGAAGAUGAAUCAUUGGAACGAAGAUCUGGUGUCACCGCCACUGCUCUGUAUCUAUGGGGAACUGUACUAACGGCACUUGCAGGUGGCCUUACUGAAGAAGAACCCUUACCCCCUGACCAAAUCUGUCCUUACUGUUCCAAACAAAGAUCACAAACCUGGCUUCAGUCUGACAAGCAACACAACACUACUCACUGCACCAACCACCAAUUAACAUGCUCCUUCUCUGGACUGCCUCACCACGACUUGUCACUUUGUCAGAGCUGUCCCAAAGCAUAUACAGCGCAAAAAUGGGACCCCUUCUUUCCUAUCCCAGCUAUUGAGUCCAUGGAACUCAAUCACUGUUCUAUCUGUGUAUCCACUGAUUUUGCCAGGAUCAAAACAUUCAUUGUCCCAGGGUAGCUUUGCACUAGUUGUCAGAAAUGACACUUCAAGCACUUCAAUUUAUACUUUAGACCUUCUUUUUGUAGGUUGUAACAUACAACUUAAAUAGCUGAGUUGCAUUUUAGCAUAUAUUAAUACUCACUUUCCCCUUUUUAUAUUAAAGGGACAUGGGAAAAUUUUUAUGCUGCAUAUAAAAGAACUACAAUUACAUGUUGCAUCUUUUAAAUGGAUUAGGUUAAGGUGAAUAGUUUAAAUAUGAAUUGAUAUUGGUAUGAAAUGUAUGUUGCAUGCCGCAGCAUUUGCAAUCAUUUGUUGAUACGGAAGAGCUUCCAGAAUCAUGAAUAUACUCCUUAUAGAUUCAGCAAUACAAUUCCAGACUUGAGAAUUCCUGCAGAAAUUGCAGUUGCUAAAAUCAUGUGGCUGAUACAACCAAAACAGCAGUAACAUGACUAAAAGCACAACCCUCAGAUUAAUCCAAAUAGAUGUAACUAAGAGAUUAUGCAUUGUUUGCAAUUUUUAAAACCUUCAUAGGCCAUUAGUUAAAGGGACAUGUUCCCCAAAUGCUGAGUCAAUUGAUAUUAAUGCAGUAUAUCUGUAAAAAGCUGACUAGAUACUCACAUGAACAUCUCUGUUAAAAAGAAAGAGAUUUGCUUCAAUAUUCUCCAGUAGACACAUUUUUUUGUAAAGGGACGAAGUAUCCAGUGAUGAUGCUAGUCCCAAAACAUUCAAGGUAGCAUGUAUCUGGUAUAUGCUGGCACAGUCACUUUUUUCCCUCCUCAUCUGAAGGAAAUGUACUCUUGUGCCAAAUUAUGGUGAAAUCCCAUAAAACUUGAUGGCCACACUGCUGAAUGGCUGUUAAACGAUUAGCUGAAGAAUAACGGCUUGCAGAGAACACUGGCAAGUGAAGAUAUUUUAAAGUAAAAUAUUUUCCUUUUUUACAUAGAGAUGAUCAUGUGAAAUGUUCUAGUUGUUUUGCAGAUAUGUUGCAUCUCUUUUGCAUAUGGGUAGCAUGUGCAUGUGUGUAGUCUAUGGGCCUAGUUAUGAUACAGAAUAAAUCCUGUUUCUCUUCAAGCUAUGCACAGAUAUUAUUCUUUUUAAAGAUUGUUUACAAGUUUGCUUUUUGUGCACAUAUAAAUGCUGCUUCUUGGAGCAUGAUACAAUGACCUUUUUAUGCAUGGUUGCUUUGCAAAGUGACAUUUUUCAUUUUGUUUUCGCUCACUAGACACAUUUAACCAGGUGAUUAUCAAUUCUUGUUUCUUGUGUGUAGGAUUAUUUUUUGUGUUGGGUGGUUCACUUACUAUAUGUAUUUAGUAUUUACAUAGCUCUAGAUGGCAAAUGUUUCUUCUUAAUCAUUAGAGAAGAAGAACUAACAGAAUAUUCCGAUCUUCCUGCAGAUUGAUUUACUCACUAUUUAUUUUCAAUUUUUGAGGGGAUUGUGGCAAAAAAAUGUAGAAUUUUGUUGUUCUAGAUAAUGAUUAUUUUUAUAUAUAUAUAUCACUAUCUUUGCAUACUUUGAUAAAGCUGUAAUACACAGGUGGAUCUUUUUGCAAGUAUUCAUUGAUUUGGGCAGGUAGCCUAGCUAUAGAUUUGUGCUGGCUGAAAACUGGAAUACUAGAGUAUGUUUCUUUAAAAUGUACUUAUUUUCAGCAUUUAAAAUCCCAUCUUCACUUUAAUUGUUGUUCAGUCAACACACUGUAGCGGAGUGAUAAAUGCUCUAGUUAUGGUUUUCUGCAGAGUGAUUAAAAAAAGUAUGUGGUGUUAUUUUAUAUUUGUCCUUAUGAAAGUUGAUAUACAGUAAAAGUAAAACCGUACAGAUCUAUGCAUUGGUCUUGAAAAGACCGAUAGAUUAGUUAGUUGUUGCUAGUUCUAUUGAUGUUGGAAGAAGGACUUUGACUUACAUUUUAGUUUAUUUUUUUGUUGAAUAAAAAGUGUUUAAUACCACAGUGGUUCAACAAAUACAUAACUUUUAUGUAGAUAUGUGCAUUUGUGCACUUCAGAAGCUAACAAAUGCGGAAAAAGGUCCAACUCUUUUCAGAGCCAGAUUUGAUCUUACAAAAGUGCAACGCACUGAUCUUGGUGAGCUGCACUUUCACAAGAAUAAAUCUGGCUCUGAAAAGAGUUGGACCUUGUUCUGCAUUUGUUAGCUCCUGCAUAUCUACUAUUAUGUAUGAAUAAUUUGAAAUAUAUAUAUCAUAUUCUGUUUAGAUUUGCAAGUAAAUUAAUAAUUUGCCAUAUUUUAUUACCUCUGUGUUAACUGUCAUAUCUCCAUACCACAUGGAAUAAUGUAGACAUUUCUACAAAAAGAUAAUUUGUGACAUUAUCACCACAGUGUCCUUUUUUGUCUCCUAUUUUUUUUUAAAAAGUAAUGUUUUCAUUAUUUACCCCCCUAUACUCCUAAGAGAAAAAAUAAGUUAAUCUGACAUUCUGAGCCCUUGCAAGUAUAUAAACUGUUAAGUUUUGCUCCUGUAACUGAACUAAAUUAGUGCAAUGUUUAUAACAAUGAGUAUCAUUUUUUUUGUUUAAAUUACCAAUUAGUACCUUUUUCAAAGAAAAUUACACAAGGUGCAUCAUUUACAUGGGUUCUUUUUGGUUAAUGUGUGGCCUUGAAUUGAUUUCCAUCUAGAACCAGGUUAACGGUUUCUGUACCAAGAUAAUUUUUUAACUAAUUGGCAGUGCGGUUCUUAGACCUUUUUUAAUUAUGUUUUACCAUAAGCAGCAGACUUUAAAAAAUGCUGGAAAUCACAACUUGUUAAUGAUGAACAUUAUAAAACAAAAAAGUUGAUUUAAUCACUAUAAUACGGACUUGCAUAAUUGUAUUUUCAAUCUAAUAUGCUAUGUGAUAGCUUAGAUCUAAAGGUUAAUCUUCUUAUAACAAAGCAAACCGAGUAGUGGGCUACAUAUGUUUUAUACUAAGCAACUAUGGAAAAGCUUACUGUGUACUUAUAGACUUCAUCUUGUUUUAGUGUUGAUUCUUUUAGUUAUUCACUGGUAAAUUGCAACUUUUAAUCUGUUCUGGUUUUUCUUUAAUUGCAGAACAGUUUUACAUAUUUUUGUAGAAAACAUAAAAUCUCUCAAUACACCAAUAAAAGCAGUGUUUAGAUUAACUGAAAUUAAUGUUCUGUUUUUUUUAUGUCAUAAUAAACCUUUACUAAAACCAAACAUAAAAAGCCUGUGCUAUUUGGGAGUAUCAUAUUUUUUUUUUUAAAAAAAUGUAUCUGUAGCUCCUUCCCAUUACCAAACAGUAGAGCCACACUCCUGAUGUUAUUCUCUGUGGUUUUACUCUGUUGUGGUACUCUACCGAUCUAGUAGAGUAUUAAAGCGGAAACAAGUACUGCUUAUUUUUUUCAGUGCAAGAGUACCCAGACCUUUACACAUGCCACAUUUACGGUUUUAUUUGGUGAACUUAAAAUUUGCAGAAAUAUGUCAACUUUAUAGGUUUGAUCACUGCAUAGAUUGUGAUAUCUUCUUUUCACUUAGAGAAUCAACAAAAGGUCAGGGGUGCCCCAAUGUUGGUCUACAACUGUCGGACAGUAAAGUUACAGAUACAUUUUUUUUUAUUUAUACUAAGUUCAUCCACCUGUACUACUAUACAAUAGAGAAAUAUCAUUCGAACAUUACAUAAUUAAACAUUUCCUAAAGAAUAACGAAUUCCACUUACCUAAUAAUUGCCCUUCUCUAACUCUGUAUUAAAAUCAUUUUCACCCUCCUACCAUUCUAGAUUGUAAAUUCCCAUGGGAAUAAAGCCCUCAAUUCCUCCUGUAUUUGUCACAUUUUGUCUGGUCUCUUACAAGUAUUGUAUCAUUGAUUUACUUAUACCAAUUGUACCCAUGGACAGAGCUGCAAAAUAUGUUAUCGCUUUAUAAAUAAAGUAUAAUAAUAAAAAUAAAAUGGGAGCAAUAAAGAAA